AUCAACACGGAGCGGAGCGGCAACUUCGCCCCGCUCUUCCGGCCGUAUCGCGCUGAUCGUUCAGCUCGCCUCCUUCCCGCUUCUUAUUUUCGCUUUAUUUUUCGUAGAACAAUAACGUCUCCGUAAAGCGCAGAGUGGGCCGGGUCGGGCUACCCCGCCAGCAGUCCUAAGCUGAGGGCUCGUCCAUCCCCAGCGCCAUGAAGAAGCUGGUAGUGACAGCGCUCAGCCCCGACUUCCGCCAGGCGGUCACCCUGCGGCGGGACGUGCCCGUGCCACUGCCCGGCGACGGGGAUCUCCUCGUCCGGAACAGAUUUGUCGGCAUUAAUGCAUCUGACAUAAACUACUCAGCUGGUCGAUAUGACACGUCAGUUAAGCCCCCAUUUGAUGUAGGUUUUGAAGGUGUUGGUGACGUGGUAGCAUUAGGACUCAGUGCCAGUGCCCAUUACUCAGUGGGCCAAGCCGUGGCCUACGUUAAGGCGGGCUCCUUUGCCGAAUACACAGUUGUGCCUGCCAAAGAAGCAGUUCCUCUGCCCUCUGUGAAACCCGAGUUUCUGACUUUGAUGGUAAGUGGCGCUACCGCAUACAUCAGCCUGGAGAAUUUGGGAGGGCUGUCUGAAGGCAAGAAGGUCUUGGUGACAGCAGCGGCUGGAGGGACGGGCCAGUUUGCUGUGCAGCUCGCAAAGAAGGCCAAGUGCCAUGUCAUUGGAACCUGCUCCAGUGAUGAAAAGAGUGGCUUUCUGAAAUCCAUUGGCUGCGACCGUGUCAUCAACUAUAAAACCGAAAACGUUGAAUCUGUUCUGAGGAAGGACUACCCAGAAGGUGUAGAUGUAGUGUACGAGUCUGUUGGUGGGAAGAUGUUUGACUUGGCCGUUAACUCCUUGGCUACCAAGGGGCGCCUGAUAGUUAUUGGGUUUAUCACUGGCUACCAAAGUCCUACUGGCAUCCAGCCUAUUAAAGCAGAGUUCUUGCCAGCAAAACUGUUGAAGAAGUCUGCCAGCGUCCAGGGUUUCUUCUUGAACCAUUACUUUUCCGAGUACAAAAUGGCUCUGCAGCACUUGCUUAAGAUGUAUGAAAAAGGAGAACUGGUUUGUGAGGUGGACCUUGGAGACAUGUCUCCAGAGGGCAAGUUCAUUGGCUUGGAGUCUGUAUUUCGUGCUGUAGAUUACAUGUACAUGGGAAAAAACAUUGGAAAAAUUGUAGUUGAAUUACCUCACUCUGUCAACAGUAAGCUGUAAAAACAGAACAAUGAUAUAAAUCAGAAGAGAGAAAAUGGGCACUUUAUGCUUCAGAAUUACUAGAAACAAAUUCUUUUUCUUUUUAACUUAGUAAUGGAUAUUAAAUUAAAAAGCAGCAUUAAGGUGUUAAUUAAAAAAAAGUUGAUUUUUUUUUCUCUUUCUUUUCUUGGAAGUGUUUUAACCCAUGGCUGAAGUAUGGACUUAAUGGGCCUGUGUUUCAUGCUGUUGCUUAUGCUAGCAUGAGACAGGAACAUUGUUCUUGACAGAAUAAGUCUUGAUGCAGAGGCAGAUUUAGUCUGUAGAGUAGUUUGAUAAGACUUUAUAUAUAUAUAGUUCAACUCAGAAUUUUUUUUUUCUUUCAGCAAUUUUGACUCCCUGAUUUAAAAAUAAAAUUGAUAGAACAAGGCUAAAUAAAAGGAGUUGCAUUUUAGGGAAAAAAAAACCAACAACUAUAUUCUUGAUUUUUUUUUUUUUUUCCACUAAACGCAAUAAUUAUAAUUUUGCAUCAUGGAUCACAGUAAUGUUCCUUGCCUGUUUACUCAGGGAAAUUUUAAAUUAUUACAUGACAGUAAUAGUGAGAAAACUAAGUUGACUUUUUUUUUUAAUUGCCAUUCAUAACCCUAAACAAGUGUGGGGUUUUUUUUUUCUAAAUCUUUACAAACUUUGACAUUAUUUUGUUGCCUUUUUGUCUGAUACUGUUAAUGCUUACUGCCCUGUAUCUCCUUUAAUCAGUAUUACAGAUUAUUGGAGGGGGAUUUUGAGCCAUGUUCAUAUAUUAUCAGACCCUGUAUAUUUUUUUAAGAUUUAAUAAAAUUAAAAAAAGCUGUUUAA